UCUUAACCUUCUGGUGUUUUUCUUUCAGUUCAUGCUGUUCAUCAUGGGAGAGGGUUCCAUUGCCAUGUUGCCUUUAUGGCAUCAAAUUCCCCCGUGCGUUCUCUCAGAUUUACAUCUUCAGGAGAGGCCCUUGCAGUAGGGUAUCAAAAUGGCCAGGUGGCAAUGUUUGAUGCGAGUCAACUGUCCGUGAUAUUCUCUGUGGAUUGUACAUCAGGAACAAAUUCUCCUGUGGUUUCAGUAAGCAUCUACAGUGUAGGUGCAUCUGCUGCAAAAGCAGGCCCGUCCCAGAAAGAGAUUGCUACAAAUGCAAAAUUUCCAACAGAUGUUGUACUUUCCUUAAGUAAGGAUGCACGUCUUACUGUAGUUGACAGCACAAGUGGUCUGAUCAUAAAUUCACUUCUGCUAGAUGAGAAGCAAUCUUCUGCACUUUUGAUGUAUGUCCUCAUAGAUGGUGCUUCAGAUGAAGAGCAAGCCCAAUUACCAGAAGACAAGCUCCCAUGUCAAAGUCAGACAGGGAAAGAACAUGUUCUCGACCAAAAGCAAGUACAAGGAGCUGAAACUAACAAGAAAAGUGCUUCUCUACAUCCACAGAGUGGCGGUUCAGAUUCACUUCUUUUGGUCUGCUUCGAGGAUGUGGUGCUUUUAUUUUCUCUGGCAUCAUUGAUUCAGGGAAGCAACAAGCAUCUACAUAAAACCAAGCUCACAAAAAAAUGCUGCUGGUCAGCAAUUUUUAAGAAUAAGGAUGAUAAAGCUUGUGGGUUGAUAUUAUUUUAUCAGACAGGCAUCAUAGAAUUGAGAUCUUUGCCAAGCCUAGAUAUUCUCGCUGAGAGCUCCUUGAUGGAAUUACUAAGAUGGAGUUACAAGACUGGCAUGGAUAAAACCAUGAGCUCCUCAAAUGGACAAAUUGCUCUGGUUAAUGGAUCUGAAUUUGCAAUCAUCUCUCUUAUAGCCUCAGAGAAUGACUUCAGGAUUCCAGAAUCAUUGCCAUGCCUUCAUGAUAAGGUACUUGCAGCAGCAGCUGAAGCAGCUAUGAGCAUCUCGACAGACCAGAAAGGAAAGCAGAAUCCAGCGGCAGGAGUUAUUGGUGGCAUUAUAAAAGGAUUAAAAGGCAAAGCGGAUGAAAAUGCAAACCUGAGAAAAAGUUUCAAUUCCCAAACCCCCAGUGAACUAUUGGAGUCGAUUUUCUUGAAAGGACCAUAUGUUGAACCAUCACUAGCUUAUCCUGAUGAUCCAAUAGAAGAACUGUCAAUUGAUGACAUAGAAAUUGAUGAUGAAGUGCCCCUAUCUCCUCCGCCAGCAUCAUCCUCUGCUUCUCACAUGAAUAAGAAAGCAACAGUAGAGGACGAGAGAGCGAAACUGUUUGAAGGAUCAAGUGAUGCUGACAAACCAAGAAUGAGAAGUACCCAAGAAAUUCUCACCAAAUAUAAGUUUGGCGGGGAUGCAACAGCAGCAGCUGCCCAUGCGAAGGAUAAGCUCAUGCAGCGGCAGGAGAAACUCGAGAGAAUAAGCCAGCGGACCGCAGAGCUUCAAGACGGGGCGGAAAAUUUCGCUUCACUUGCCCAGGAGCUCGCGAAAACAAUGGAGAACAAGAAGUGGUGGAAACUGUAAACUAUUCGGGGGUUUCACAUCACUGCAUCCUAUCCUACGCAAAGUACGUCCAGCUCUUGGUACUUGGGAAUGCCUUAUUUGCGGGUUGUUAUUAUUUGUCGUGGCAUAGUUCCGCCCAUUCGGCCCCGUCUUUGUGCUGUGUAUAUUUAUGUUCAUGGACAACUGCAGCUUGUCAAGGUGAUUAUCUACCUUGCCACUGACAGACAGACAGCAUGGCUUGUUUGGAUGCAUUAGCUUAGGUUUAUGUUGUAUAUCACCAUGUAAUCAUAUGCACCAUGGGUGGAAAGCGCGGGCGGAACCUACUUACCGUACAUGAUUUCUUUUGUGUGGUCAUUCAGUCGUUCGUUCUGUCUGUAAAGGUAAAAGGAGACAAUAAACUGAACGGCUUACAUUGAGAAACUUCAAAGAGCCCGUGUGGCAUUGUUAGUUGGUGGUA